CAAACACAUCGACGGAUGGCAUUUUUCGAGAAAAACACGCCAAAAACGAGGCCAACAGAAAUAGGGCUCUUGGCAAAAUUUAUAUAAAAUCCCCUAAAUUUAUCUCUCUACACAUUUCCUCUCUCUGGGUUUUUUCUUCUAAAUUACUGACGAGCUAAAUUACUGACGAACAAUGGGCAAGGGACCUGGACUCUACUCCGAUAUCGGCAAGCGAGCUCGAGAUCUGCUGAAUAGGGAUUUUCAGAGCGACCAGAAGUUGACAGUCACUACCAUCUCGCCCACCGGAGUUACUCUCACUUCGUCGGGAACAAAGAAAGGUGAUUUGUUUCUUGCUGAUAUCAACACUCAGCUGAAGCACAAGAAUGUCACCACCGAUAUUAAAGUGGAUACUGCUUCGAAUUUGUUCACCACUUUCACAAUUGACGAGCCUGCCCCUGGGCUGAAAGCAAUCUUCAGCUUACGAAUUCCCGAUCAGAGGUCUGGAAAGCUUGAACUCCAAUAUUUGAAUGACUAUGCUGGGCUAAGCUCGAGCGUUGGUUUGACCGCCAAUCCCAUUGUCAACUUCUCGGGUGUUGUGGGCAACAACAAACUCGCUCUUGGUGGUGAUGUGUCCUUUGACUCCAAGGAAGGUACCUUUGCGAAAUGCAAUUUCGGAGCAAGUUUCGCCAAUGCAGAUCUUAUUGCUGCCUUGACAUUGAACGAAAAGGGAGAUAAGCUUAGUGCAUCAUAUUACCACACGGUGAGCCCGUUGACCAACACAGCUGUGGGUGCAGAGAUUACCCACAGCUUCUCGAGCAAUGAAAACACCAUAACAGUCGGUACUCAGCACUCGCUUGAUCCGUUGACCUCGGUCAAAGCACGAGUCAACAACUUUGGAAAAGCGAGUGCCUUGAUCCAGCACGAGUGGAGACCAAAAUCGCUAAUCACCCUCUCGACUGAGGUUGAAACAAAGUCCAUUGAUAAAAGUGCCAAGUUCGGGCUGGCUCUUGCCUUGAAGCCUUGAGUUUUUAGGUGAUUUCGCGUUUUUUUUCAGAUUCGUUAAUGAGGAUGGUUUUGGUCUGUUUUGGUGGAUGGGGUUCUUUUUUUUAUGCGGCGUAUUUUGGUUCUUGUGGAAAUAAUCUUAUUGACGUUAAACUUGGAACGAUUGGUUUCUUGGUUUUUGAGGAUUUAUGCCGUUAUCGAACCUGUGUAUUAUCUGGCUAACUGACAUUGGCUCUCUUAUUUCUGCAAUCAAGUUGUUUCUCAUUUUUUAUUGGUGUUUCUGAGGUUGAAGUGGAGUGUCAUGAGAUAGAUGAAAAUUUUUCAUGAUAUUGAUUUUUUUCCUGCCAAAAGAUUUAUAUAGUUCUUAGGCAAAGCCUGUGUAUCAGAGGUUUAAAUGCUCAAAAAUAUUUAAAUGCUCAAAAUUUUGGCUUGUUCCCGCAAACUAUUGAAGCAC